UCAGGAUGAGCAGCGACAUCCUCCUGACUUCUGCUCCAAACGGCCAGGAACAAGUGGGUCAAAGUAAAGAUGUGGUCACCGCACUCUCUACAUUGGAGUCCACGUUCCUCUGGGCAGGAGGUCACACAGACGUCACCGUCACCAUGGACACAGGCACAGAAAAAGGUCUAAGGAGAGGGACUCCUCCGCCGACGAUGGGCGAGAAUCCCCCUCACACAGUACAGCAAACACGCCAGCACAGAGGGUGCAGUUUCUUCUGGGUACAGAGGAUGCUGACGAAGACCACAUCCCUCAUGCUCUGUUUACCGAGCUGGACGAGAUCUGCCUGAGGGAGGGCGAGGACGCUGAAUGGAGAGAGACAGCCAGGUGGCUGAAGUUUGAGGAAGACGUUGAGGAUGGCGGCGAGCGGUGGAGUAAACCGUACGUCGCCACGCUGUCUCUGCACAGUCUUUUUGAGCUCCGCAGCUGCAUUAUGAAUGGCACUGUGAUGCUGGACAUGAGGGCCAACUCACUGGAGGAGAUUGCAGACAUGGUUCUGGACCAGCAUGAGUCGUCGGGUCCUCUCGGUCCAGAUGCCAGGAGUAGGGUCCGGGAAGCCCUGCUGAAACAGCACCACCACCAAAACCACAAAAAACUGGCCAACCGCAUCCCCAUCGUACGCUCUUUUGCUGAUAUCGGGAAGAAACAGUCUGAGCCUCACUCCAUGGACAAAAAUGGCCAAACGGUUUCCCCUCCAUCCCAGCCGUCCAUCAAUGAAGGAAAACAGGACGUCAGCCGGGAAAACAGCUCUGUUGACUUCAGCAAGAUCGACCUCCACUUCAUGAAGAAGAUCCCCCCUGGUGCCGAGGCGUCCAACGUGUUGGUUGGAGAGCUGGAGUUCCUGGACCGCCCUGUGGUGGCCUUUGUCCGGCUGUCUCCAGCCGUGUUGCUCAACGGCCUGGCAGAAGUUCCCAUCACCACCAGGUUUCUGUUCAUCUUGCUCGGGCCCCUCGGGAAAGGUCCACAGUACCAUGAAAUUGGUCGGUCCAUAGCAACACUGAUGACCGAUGAGAUUUUCCAUGAUGUUGCUUACAAGGCCAAAGACAGGAACGACCUGGUGGCGGGCAUCGACGAGUUUCUGGACCAAGUGACGGUCCUGCCUCCAGGGGAGUGGGACCCCUCCAUCAGAAUAGAGCCUCCUAAGAAUGUGCCCUCUCAGGAAAAGCGGAAGAUUCCCCCUGUUCCCAACGGAGUGACAGAUCUGGGAGAGUCUGAGGAACACGGAGGUCAUGGAGGUCCUGAGCUUCAGCGUACUGGGAGGUUCUUCGGGGGUUUCAUCUUGGACAUUAAGCGAAAGGCCCCUCACUACCUUUCUGACUAUACAGACGCCAUCAGUCUUCAGUGUCUGGCCUCUUUCCUGUUCCUUUACUGCGCCUGCAUGUCACCUGUGAUCACCUUUGGAGGGCUGCUGGGUGAGGCCACGGAGGGCCGAGUGAGUGCUAUUGAAUCGCUGUUUGGGGCGUCCAUGACUGGAAUCGCCUACUCGCUGUUCGCUGGUCAGCCUCUCACCAUCCUGGGCAGCACAGGGCCUGUCCUCGUCUUUGAGAAGAUCCUCUUCAAGUUUUGCAAGGAGUACGGGCUCUCCUACCUCUCCCUGAGGGCCUGCAUCGGCCUGUGGACGGCCUUUCUGUGUCUGCUGCUGGUGGCCACAGAUGCCAGCUCCCUCGUCUGCUACAUCACACGCUUCACUGAGGAAGCCUUCGCCGCCCUGAUCUGCAUUAUCUUCAUCUACGAGGCUCUGGAGAAGCUGGUUCACCUGGGGGUGCACUAUCCCAUCAACAAAAACAACAACCUGCAGAAACUCACGCAAUACUGGUGUUUGUGUGAAGAGCCACAUUCCCCGAGCAAUGAGACUCUGCAUUUUUGGCAGGAGAGGAACAUCACAGCCUCAGAGGUCAACUGGACCUCACUGGAUGUAAAGGAGUGCGAAAUGUUGCACGGACACUUCGAAGGGAGCGCCUGCGGCCCCCACGGCCCCUUCAUCCCAGACGUGCUCUUCUGGUGCGUCAUCCUCUUCUUCUCCACCGUCUUCAUGUCUGCCUUCCUGAAGGAGUUCAAGACCAGCCGUUACUUCCCCACUAAGGUGAGAGCUAUCAUCAGCGACUUUGCAGUCUUCAUCACCAUUCUCACCAUGGUGUUAGUAGACUACGCUUUGGGAAUCCCUUCACCGAAGCUGCAGGUCCCAAACAAGUUCAAACCGACUCGGGACGACCGGGGCUGGGUAAUAAACCCUGUGGGGCCCAACCCCUGGUGGACCACCAUCAUCACCUUCAUCCCGGCGUUGCUCUGCACCAUCCUCAUCUUCAUGGACCAGCAGAUCACAGCAGUUAUCAUCAACCGGAAGGAGCACAAGCUGAAGAAAGGCUGUGGCUACCACCUGGAUCUGUUCGUGGUGGGGGUGAUGCUGGGCGUGUGCUCCGUGAUGGGCCUGCCGUGGUUCGUGGCCGCCACCGUGCUCUCCAUCUCCCACGUGAACAGCCUGAAGCUGGAGUCGGAGUGCUCCGCCCCCGGAGAGCAGCCUAAGUUCCUGGGGAUCCGGGAGCAGCGCUUCACCGGCCUCAUGAUCUUCACCCUGAUGGGCUGCUCCGUCUUCAUGACCUCCGUGUUAAAGUUUAUCCCCAUGCCUGUGCUGUACGGCGUUUUCCUGUACAUGGGGGCGUCCUCACUUCGAGGCAUUCAGUUCUUCGACCGUCUCCGGCUCUUCGGCAUGCCAGCCAAACACCAGCCCGACUUCAUCUACCUGCGCCACGUCCCGCUCCGAAAGGUGCACCUGUUCACCAUCGUCCAGCUCAGCUGCCUGGUCCUCCUCUGGGUCAUAAAGACCUCCAGAGCUGCCAUCGUUUUCCCUAUGAUGGUUUUAGCUUUGGUGUUUAUUCGUAAGCUGCUGGAUUUAAUCUUUACCAAGAGGGAGUUGAGCUGGCUGGACGACCUGAUGCCGGAGUGGAAGAAGAAGAAGCUGGAGGAUGCCGCAGAGGAGGAGGAGCACAGUAUCAUAGCAGAGGAAGAAGGUAUUGUUCAAGUACCGCUAGAGGGACACUACAAGAGUGACCCAGCCACGGUGAACAUCACCGACGAGAUGUCCAAAGGGUCUUUCGGGAACGUCUGGAAGAGCGUCAAUCCAGCCGAGAGCGCCAAAAAGGAACCAAGCACCAAAAGUUGCGCCAGAGAUGGCGAAAAGCGACACAAGCGACGAAAACACGACAAGAGCUUGGACAGGGAGACGAGUUUGUGAUGACACACUGGUGGUGACGCUGUGCUGUCAGCGGGUUCAUCAAUAAAAAAAAACAACAAAACACAAAAAAAUUAAUAAAACCACUAUUCCGUGCCACACGUAAUCACCUUUCGUACUGUGCUACACUGUGUUUUUAUUUAUUUCUUUUCGUCAUGUAAGUCUAUGUGAAGGUCCUGUAAAGCAACUGUUCUAGAAACCACAUUUACACAAGAAAACACAUGGAUGUUCUUUUUCUAUAUAUACUCUUAUCGGUGUUUGAUCUCAGCAGCAGCCAGAACUCUACCUGCUUAGGGCCAAUAAGUCCAGUUUUUAAAGUCUUUUUUUUCUUUCUACUUUGUACGUUUUUUAUAUUUUUUCAACAUCAGAAGUUUUAAAAACCUGCCUAAAAUGGACCACAAAUCGAUUUUUACGUAGCUACGAUUAGCCUCGCAAUAGACAAGCUAGUAUUUGCUAAUACGGAUUAAUCCCACUGGCAUUUAAAGAGAGUUAAUCCAGUUACUUUAAAAGUAUUAAGUUUGAUGUAUUCUGUAAAUCUAAAUGUUUCCGUGUCGGUGAACAAGUCUCGAGUCUUCUCCAUUGCCGUUUCACAUUUUGAAUGUCUUUCCUCGAGUCGCGCUUUUCCCCAGCGAGUCGUUUUGACUUUAUGGGAAAUUUUCGCGUCGCUGCUUUAGCACUAAAUGAAAAAAAAAAUUGACUGUCUACGUACAAUUAAAAUUGCUAGCUUCUUUAACUUUUCUUUAAAGUAUUAAUACUGGCUAAAUAACAUUUCCCUUUUUGUUUUUGUUUUAAACACACUGCUAAUUUGGCGCAAAAUCAUUCCUUGCUAGCAUUAGCUUCUAAUUUUUCUGCACAGCUACUAAAGAGCAUUUUUUUUUCUUUAAAAAGAAAAAAAGCACAUUAGCAGCUUUUUAAAUCCCAAAAAAUUCCUUUUGAUUGUAGUAUUUUUCAGGGGUAGCUUCACUGAAAAACGUAGCUAGCAUGGCAGCAUAUUUUGGUAGCUUUUAGCUACCGCUAGCGCCUUGGCUUUUAGGAAAAAACAACAACAAAAACAAAAGCUUGUUGGGUGUUUGUUUGUUUAGAGGCUCCAUGUUUUCCUCCUAUGUUCUCGUCGUCAUCAACAAACAUGUGAACUCCUCUCCAAACAACCCCUAGUAUGUUAGCAUCUGAAGCUAAUUGUUUGUUUUAAAGAAAACGCCUGCAUGAUGACGAAACUCGCUGCAGGAUCGUGAGUACUUCUAGAGAUGCAAUAAUCCUUUUUUUGGGGGGAGGGGGGGAAGGGGAACAAAUAAAUGGAAAAGAGUCUUAAUGUAAAUGACAUAGUAUAUUUUAUUCAUGUAAAUGUUACUAAUAUAUUACUAACAUGGUGUUUAAAUUCAUAUUUUUCUUGUAGAUGUAACUUUCCCAUUGUUUAAAGUAUUGACUCUUACUUAAAGGAACUUAAAAUCGGUCAAAAAAGUUAUAUCGAUUAUCAAAUGUUUUUGACCAGCGGAGCGGGAAAUUCUGCCUUAAAUUUGGUAGUAGUAGAUGGACAUUUUCUGUAAUUAUUUAAAUCACCUGUAUAGAGAACUAUUAGUUCAGAACUGUUGUGCAAUUGUGAUUUGUUUUCAUGAGAAUAAACUGGCACACGCGGGAGAGCAUAAAUAAAGAUAUUAAACAGCUGGAA